AUGGGCCUCACGAAGCAGUACCUGCGCUACGGGCCGGCUGCACUCUUCGGGCUGGUGGCCAGCACUCGGGGAAACGUCGCCUUUGUGGCACUGCGUGGUGAGCAGGGCCGCUGCGUGGCUGUGCCGGCCUGCGAGCACGUCUUUGUGUGGGAUACGCGGAAAGGCGAGAAGGUCCUUAUCCUUAAGGGUCUCAAGGAGGAGGUCAGUUGUCUCUGCCCUUCUCCAGAUGGGUUGCACUUGGCUGUUGGAUAUGAAGAUGGAUCAAUCCGUGUCUUCAGCCUCCUCAGCGGAGAAGCAAAUGUCACUUUCAAUGGACACAAGGCUGCAGUGACAGCCCUGAAGUAUGACCAUCUGGGGGGCCGGCUGGUGUCUGGCUCAAAGGACACGGAUGUCAUUUUGUGGGAUGUCAUCAAUGAGAGUGGUUUGUACAGGCUGAAAGGGCACAAGGAUGCAGUCACACAAGUCCUGUUGCUGAAGAGGAACCUGCUGGUUACCAGUGGCAAAGAUACAUUGGUGAAAUGGUGGGACUUGGACACCCAGCACUGCUUCAAAACUUUGGUUGGACACCGUACAGAGGUUUGGGGGCUGGCUUUGGUGUCAGAGGAGAAACGUCUGAUUACUGGGACUGCUGACAGUGAGCUGAGAGUGUGGGAUAUCAGUUAUAUCCAAGAGAUCAAAAACCCUGAUGAACCAGAAUCCAAGAAAAGCAAAGGGUCUUCACUUGGAGCAGAAGAAAACACUGGAGAAGAUGAGACCCUGAAGCUGGAUGGGAGUCCUGAGGAGCGCCUCCUGACAUGCAGCAAAGUUGGAUCCAUCAUGCGGGAAGGAAGAGAUCGAGUAAUCACUCUAGCUACAGACCAAACAGGCAAAAUUUUGGCCUGCCAUGGAACAGAUGCUGUGCUGGAAGUGUUCUCUGUUCUUUCUGAAGAGGAAGUCCAAAAGAAAUUGGAAAAGAAAACAAAGAAAGCAAAGAAAAAAGCCAAGCAGAAAUCUGAAGAACAACCUGACGGCACUGUGGAGCUGAGCCUGCAGGAGGAGAUUCAGCGGGUCACUAACAUCAGAGCUUCUGCUAAAAUCAAGUCAUUUGACUUGACUCUCUCUUCAAAAGGAGAGCUGAAGAUUGUAUUGCUGCUCCAGAACAACAUCAUUGAGUCAUAUAACCUGAACCUGUCAGCGCAAGUCCCACAGGCUGUCCGUGCAUCUAAGAUAACCAUUGGAGGCCACCGCAGCGAUGUCAGGACAUUGGCUUUUAGCUCUGACAACAUUGCCAUUCUCUCAGCAGCUGCAGAGUCUGUAAAGAUUUGGAACAGAUCGACCUUGCAGUGCAUCCGAACAAUGGAGUGUGAUUAUGCGUUAUGCUCGCUCUUUGUGCCUGGAGAUCGACAGGUCAUUGUUGGCACUAAGACAGGAAAGCUGCAGCUGUAUGACCUGGCUUCUGGGAGUCUGAUGGAGACACUCACAGCUCAUGAUGGGGCAGUGUGGUCCAUCGCUCUUUCACCAGACCAGCAUGGCUUUAUGACAGGAGGUGCUGAUAAAUGUGUCAAGUUCUGGGAGUUUGAGCUUGUGAAGGAUGAAAGCAUCAUUCAGAAAAGGCUCUCUAUAAAACAGAUGCGCAUCUUGCAGCUGGAUGAAGAUGUUCUCUGUGUGCGGUACAGCCCCAAUCACAAGUUGCUGGCUGUCUCUUUACUAGAUUGCACUGUGAAGGUUUUCUACACUGACACACUCAAGUUUUUCCUUUCCCUGUAUGGACACAAGCUGCCAGUGCUGUGCAUGGACAUUUCCUAUGAUGGGGCUCUCAUUGCAACUGGCUCUGCUGAUAGGAAUGUGAAAAUCUGGGGUUUGGAUUUUGGAGACUGUCACCGUUCUCUCUUUGCCCACGACGACAGUGUGAUGCAUCUCCAGUUUGUGGCCAAAUCCCAUCUCUUCUUCACUGCUGGGAAGGACAACAAGAUUAAGCAGUGGGAUGCAGAUAAAUUUGAGCACAUUCAGACAUUGGAGGGACAUCACCAAGAGGUGUGGUGCUUGGCACUCAGUCCUAAUGGAGACUACAUGGUUUCAGCAUCCCAUGAUAAGUCCUUGCGCCUCUGGGAAAGAACAAGAGAGCCCCUCAUACUGGAAGAGGAGAGGGAGAUGCAAAGAGAAGCUGAAUAUGAGGAGAGCGUGGCAAAGGAAGAGCAGCCUGUGGUGGCUGGCGAGACACAAGGAGAGACAGGGCUAGCAGGAAAGAAAACUAUUGAAACCAUCAAAGCGGCUGAACGGAUCAUGGAAGCUAUUGAACUGUACAGAGAAGAGAUGGCUAAAUUAAAGGAGCACAAGGCCAUAUGCAAAGCUGCAGGAAAAGAGGUUCCCCUUUCUGUUAAUCCCAUCCUCCAUGCCUAUGGAAAUAUUACCCCUUCUGCAUAUGUGCUAGAAGUUUUCAAGAAGGUCAAGUCAAGUGAGCUGGAAGAGUCUCUCCUGGUACUGCCUUUCUCCUAUGUCCCUGACCUCCUCAGGCUCUUCAGUGAACACAUUCAGCUAGGUUCAGAGAUGGAACUCCUGUGCCGAGCUCUCAUCUUCCUUCUCAAGAUACAUUUUGGGCAGAUCACAAGCAACCAUAUGCUGGUGAGCGUGAUAGAGAAUUUGAAGAAAACCACCAUCUCCAGAGUGAGUGAGGCCCGGGAUGUGUUGGGAUUCAACAUGGCAGGUCUCCAGUACCUGAAGAGAGAGAUUGAGGCCAAGGAUGAGGUGACAUUUUUUGCUGAUGCUACUGACCGUUUUGAGGAGAAGAGGAGGAAGAGGAAGAAGAUGGUUCUUGCAGUGAUCUAG